AAGAUACUUCUGUGAUAAAAUAAACCUUUUACGUUUGAAUUUUUUUCAGAAUAAAAAAUGGUGUCCGGGGCAGUGGGGGCCGGAGGCCCUGAGGUUACUCAGGUUUCCUCAAUGCCCGUACCUCCAAUGCACUACAUAAAGCUGUACACGGAUGAAGCUGUACGGAAAGAACAAGUUCCCAGACCACCGCCACCAAUUCAAGACACGUAUAGUAUGUUUGGAAUACAAAUAAACAAUGAUGACGCAAUUAUACAAACCUUAGAAUCUCAGGGUAUAAAGAAGCUGCUACCCAAUAAGGAUGUUGACAGGAAGAAGGAAUUAAGAAAAUUAAAUCAUUCAAUAAUGCUCAACUUCCUUGACCUCCUAGAGAUACUCAUUAAGUGUCCUGAAUCUGGUAAGAGAGAGGAAAAGAUAGAUGAUAUAAAUCUACUGUUUAUCCAUAUGCAUCAUCUUAUUAACGAGUUUAGACCGCACCAGGCCCGUGAAACCCUCCGUGUUAUGCUCAUGGUCCAGAAGAGAAGAAGAGUACAGUUUACAUCAAGGUUUAAAGAACAACUGGAGAAGGUGAAAGGAAUUAUCCAGGAAGCUUUAGAGGCUUUGCCCAGACGAAAAGAUGAGAUGUACUCUGACAAGGACAGCAAGGGAGACAUUAAGGCAGGGUUGAAUGACGGGAAGGAGAGUGAAGGGGAGGAGAAGGAUGUGUGUACUAGCCUAGACAGGAUUAUGUGUGGUAUUGUGGAUGAUACUGACCAUGGGAAAGAAUCUUAGAUAAAACAUAAAUGAACACUGAAUAUAGUGAUAGUUCUUAAAUUCAUUUGAUGGAUAGAAAACUUGAUAUAAAAGUGAAAAGCAAAUUCUAUAAGAUGAUGGAGGGAAAAAUGCAUUUGAAUGAAAAUGUUUUUGUUCACGUGAUUUGUUUAUUUCAGACAUGAAAUAUAUCAAGAUUGUUCCUUU